AUGACGGGGGGACACCUUGCGGCGGUGGUGGUUCUCUUCACGGUUCUAGUGAUCCCUUUUCUGGCCUCCGCCGGCGACGAGAACACUGGGGACGCCGCCGGCGGCGAGAGCACGGCGGCGCUGAGGCUGAAACUAGUGGCAGUGGCGUCCAUCCUCGCCGCUGGCGGGUUGGGCGUGCUGAUUCCCGUUCUGGGCAAGUGGGUUUCUGCGCUCCACCCCGAGAGGAAUGGCUUCCUUCUCCUGAAAGCCUUCGCCGGAGGGGUGAUCCUGGCGACGGCACUGGUUCAUAUCCUGCCGGCGGCCUUCCACGGCUUGGCUUCUCCCUGCCUCGCGGAGACGCCAUGGCGGCGCUUCCCCUUCGCCGGAUUCGUAUCCAUGGUGGCGUCCCUGGCGGCGCUGGUGGUGGAUAGCUACGCCACCGGGUACUACCGGCGGUUCCACAUUAGCAAGGUGCGCCGACUCGCCGGCGGCGCCGCCGGCGCGGAUGAGAGCGGGGAGGAGCAGUCCUCGCGCAGUCACGGCGGAGGUGAGCCGCCGCCGCCCGGCGAGGAAGAGAACGCCGCUUCGCAGGACGCCCGUCGUCGCAUCGUCUCCCAUGUGAGAAGAAUCCCUGGGCUUAUCCACCUCUACCGACGGACCAAGCUCUGAAGCUCUCUCACCUUGCUCAAAACCUGCUUCCACAGAGUCGUCAUCUUCGUCUUCCUCCUCGAUCCAUUGAGUCCUCCCGGCCGCCAAUGAAUCCUGUCUGCGGGAAGAACGGGAACCAUUCAAAGCUUCCUGGUUCAAACCCCCCACCGUUCACAUUACCGUCUUCCUGAAACAAAACAUUUCCACAAAUGGCAGACGAGACUAGAGAGAAGAAAUCUCUCUAGCGGCCAUCAAGAUCGGAUAUUUUUAGUGAUCUGAGAGGUGGGUCGGUGACCACUGUUGAGUUCCCUCAGGUGCUGGAGCUGGGCAUCGUGGUGCACUCCGUGAUCAUAGGCGUCACCUUGGGAGCCUCCGUUCAUCCAACAACUAUCAAGCCUCUCCUGGUUGCCCUCAGCUUUCACCAGUUCUUUGAAGGAAUCGGCCUCGGCGGCUGUCUUCUCCAGGUAAGCCAGUCAUCCCCGCCUCUCCACCUCCUCGUCACCUUUUUAACUAACGUGCACCAACAUGCACAUGACUGCACCUUCCUCAAGUCCUUCACCGAGUGCAGCUUUCUAAAUAGUAUAUACAUCACAUAAUAAGUGAGUCUACGUACGUACAUAAGCUAGGGGGUCUAUGUGAACAUUAAUACAUCAUUCAUUCAUACAUCCAUGGAUAGCGAUACUAUGUAUGGUUCAUUGCCCCUCUACAAGACGUGUACUUUAUUAAGCAAAAUACGAUAUGAACCCAUUACUUACAUCCCAUGUUCAAGCUGGUCUAUACUCGCUGACUUUGAUCGGAUAAUCAAUGAGUACACCAUGUUUUUUCUUCAUCGAACUAGAUAUUGGUUGACAAUUGUUCCUUGAAAAUGGUGAUACUGAGGUUUGCAUUCGAAUGGUCAACGCUCAAUGGAACUGAACACGAUAUGCACCCAUCACUUGCAUCCUAUAGUUGACUUCGAUUGUGUAAUCAAUGCGAACACCCUCUUUUUCUUCAACGAACAAGGUAGUGGCUGACAAUUGUCCCUUAAAAAUGGUGAUAAUGAGGUUUCCAUUCGAAUGGUCGACGCUAAAUUGGAAUUUUUUAAAAGAAUAUCUGGAGUUUAGAUGGUGAAAUGUACUGGGUGCCGGUUGAAGAUUAUACUCUGCAUGAGAGAAUGCGUUAGAAAAUGUCUCCCCAGUCUUUCCUCUCUCUCUCUCUCUCUCUCUCUCUCUCCUCCAUGCUUCUUCGGUGCAAGAAACCGAAUGCCCUACGUUCAUCUCCCCUUUCUUAUUGGCGAGCUUUCUGAUCACAGGCCAAGUUCAAGACCAGGACGAUGACGACCAUGGCGAUGAUCUUCUCCCUGACCACGCCGGCAGGCAUCGCGGUGGGUCUGGGGAUAUCCUCCCGGUACGACCCCGGCGGCGGCGCCGCCCUCACGGUGGAGGGGCUCCUCAGCGCCGCCUCCGCCGGUAUUCUUAUUUACGUCUCCCUCGUUGACCUCCUGGCGGCGGACUUCAUGAGCUCAAAGCUACUGAACAAUCCCCCGCUCCAGCUCUCCGCCUACAUCUCCCUCUUCCUCGGCGCAGGCUUCAUGUCUCUUCUGGCAAGGUGGACCUGA